CAGAACUUUAUUUAAAUCCAAUUGUCACUCUGAGGUCGUAAUUCUUUGUAUCUAAAACUGCAGGUUAUCUCGCUUGGUUUAUUCUGCUUCGUUGUUAGAGGCUCCCAAAUCUUUGGCCAGUGAAGUUGACAGCCUCUUAUUUGUGUUCAUUUGGAAAACUAAGAUGCAUUAUGUGAACAGAAAAGUAUUACGCAAGCCUUUCAAACGCUCGCUGUGUCUUGACGAAUUUCGUUUCCGGCCGCAAGUCGGCGACAGAUCUCAUUGGUUGGGAGGAGUUUGUGACAGGUGCGAUUGGUCUAGCGGAGAGACGAGGCGGAGCUUGUGUCCUGUUUAGCUUGGUGAACCAGGGGCCAAACUGCGCAGACCGUGUUGGCGAGUGCGCAGAGCCGGUUGGUAGACGACAUGACGAAGCACGAGUUUGAGGUGGCCAUGACGUGUGAAGGAUGUUCAGGAGCCGUCAGCAGAGUCCUCGGCAAGCUGGGAGGGGAUGUGAAGUUUGAGAUCGACCUGCCCAAGAAGUUGGUUUGGAUCGAGUCUGACAAAGAUGUGGACUUUCUGAUGGACACGCUGAAGAAAUGUGGGAAGGACGUCAAAUACAACGGCACCAAGUGAAGACGUCAGCCUCUGCCUUUGAAAAUUGCUGCUGAUUUAAAAUGAAGAUUCCUGGAGAAGAGAAGAAUUCUUAACCUGCCACGAAGAGCCGGGCUGAAGUUUCCUGCUGGACGCACAUCUCAGUCCAGAUUUACAAGCCGAUGCGUCUCAGUAUUCCAAUAGAGGUCCUUCAUGGAGCGUUGGAGAGUCUUCGCCAAAAAUGACAAGAGACUUUCCGCCAUGUUGGAUGAGCAACAACAAAUCAGAAGAUUGGUAGAUUCUUCCUCUCUACAAAGCUAAACAUCUUGUUUGUGUGUUACUACACUAAGUGGGCCACCAUCCCUAUUUCUAAGUUUGUAAACCCUACUGAUACACUUCAUGUAAACUGGUGAUUUCUUGGUUUUAUUUGAUAGGGAAGAGGAUCUGAUCAUCAGUGCUGUGUUUUUUCCAUUCUGGCAUGGUGUACUUCCUGUCUGCUGUAAGCACCUCUCAAACAUGCGGUGACAGUCGUCUCCUCAGCUUGUUGCAGAGCGUUCGUGUCUUACAUAUUCCAACUUAUCUUCCUCUUUCUCAACAUGACUACGGACUGUUAUGGGGAUAGGUUUUAUUUUUUACUCCCACUCAGCAGUCACUCUUACUAACUGGAUUCAACAGUCUUGUUUGUAGCACAUACACAGCGUAUCCAGAGUUUUACUUUACCAUGCAGUAUAGUUACAGUAAUCAGAAAAGACCAUGUACCUGUGCAACCACAGGUCAUGUUCUUAAACCUUCUCCUCUACUCAUUUUUAUUGUUCCCAGUGCACAAGAAUACUUUAAUACUCUGCAAUGCACACCUUCAGUUGUGAUGGACCGGCAAAAGUCUGGCCGCCUUCUUGCAUUUGAAGUGUGAAUUAUCUUUUAAAUCACCUCACCUGUGUUGUUAGUAGCCUCGUCCUAAAUGGCUGAAAAGACGCUGCAGAUCUGAACCAGCGGGAAGCUUCUCCCGGUCUUCUCGUCACCACAUGGACCACUGGAACAAACUUACUUAAGCUGUCUUUGUUACUUACCUCACCAGUUAAACUACCAAAAGCCAGUUUGACUUCCAUCUCUAGUCGCUUAGGACUCACUUUAAGUUUACUAAUAUGUUUUGUCCAAGUCAUUUAAAGCCCUUAUUGUAAUUCACUCUUUUGUCUGCCUGGGGGAAAAUGCUGCCUUCACAUACUGAAGCUUUUACACUUUCUCUUCCCAUACAUGAUUCACGCAUUAGUCGAAUAAAAUGGAAAAUGACUCAG